UGACAUCAAAUCAGCGAUCCAGCAAGCGACUGGUAGCCUCUCACGUUGACACCGGCGAUAUAGGCACCUCUCCAAUACCUUUCUUGUCUUUCCUCGCCUACAUCACCAUCACCAGCAUCAUCACCGAGACCCUCAAUCCCACCUCGUACACCUCUUUCGACCUCCACCAUGCCUCGUCAAACCUCAAAAGCCAAAGAAUUUACCCCGCAAACGAAAGAUAAAGCGCUUCCUCCUGCUACACCCAACCCGCCGCUUUCUCCUUUGAUUCAGUCCUUGAGGAGAGAUUGGAGAUGGGCGUCCAUCAGCCAGUUUCUAUGGACGUUUGGGCAGGCGGCUGGGUUGAGUAGCUGGGAUAUCGAUCUCUUCGAAGCAGACCUGGAUUCGCCAGAACCGGAUGUGCUCGUCCCCGAGACGGUCGUCAAGUUCUUGUAUACUUUGACUUAUGAUAAGACCGUCAACCGGAACAACCUCGAACGGAAACUACAGACCGAAUACAUCUCCCGUUCCCCUAAACAGAACCCAUUCGGCACCGACCUCAAGCGAGAACCGAGACCGUGGGCAGAACUAGGACUGGGGGAGAAGGUGGAUGCGCUGUAUAGGGUGUGCGAGUGGCAGUGGGCGAACCCGCAGAGGUUCAGGGCACUCUUGGGGGAUGAUGAGCCGACGGCUUGGCGGGUCGAACCGAUCGGAUGGGACAAGGACGAGAACUGCUAUUGGCUAUUCGAUGACAAUCGACUCUGGGUACAACACCCUGCUCCGAAACCGCCCAAACCUCCUCCAAAACCCAAGACUAAUUCGAAAAAGGCCAAACAAGCCGCUAGAGCCAAAAACAAGGCUGCCGGCACCACCGCUUCGUCAACACGCAAGACUCAGGAAAAGAAGCCUAAAACUGUUGCAGCAGAGCCGAUGGAUGAGGACCAGCCGGAGAGUUCGACUGCGAGGCGAUCGGGUCGAGGUCGAGCGGCUAGUCCGAGUCUGGAUGUUAUCCAGAAACUCAUCGCCGAGGAGAAAGGACUCCGGUCGACCCGAAAACGGAGCAGGGACGAGGCUACUUCAGAUAGGAUGAGGGAAGAAGCGGAGAGCACGCCAACCAAGCGGUUGAGAGAUCGAUCAGGCAAGGCGGCUCCCGCUGGUCUUUCGUUCUCCACCCCAACGAAGAUGGCAGGAUCGGCCAAUGGAAACCCGGCGUCUGGAUCGAGGUCGACUCGACGGACUAGGGCGACUGAAGAGGUGUGGCAGCCUAUCCCGGAGGAAUGGUUGACGCCUAGCAAGACCCGGGGUUCGGCCUCCAACCAGAAGACACCGAGUCGGCUUGUCAAUGAGAAGAACCAGGGCAAGGGAAAAGGCAAAGAGAAGGAAAAGCCGAAAAUCAAGACUGGGUUGGAAAGCGACUCCGACUCCGAACUUAGUGAACUGAGCGACGAAGAAGAGGAAAAGGCCGAGGUGGUUCAAGCCGCACCGAUAUCAACCCGGGCUACCAGCUCGGACUUAUCGCCUGAUCCGGAUCAGGAGGAUGAGGGUGUGCAUAAGGGGGCUUCGAGGCAGUCCACGCCGCUAUCGGAGCCAGAAGCAGAGCCGGAAGGUGGUUCAAGGGUGGAUGGGCCGGCUGAGCAGAACAUGGACAAGCCUGAGACCCCUAAGGACAUGGGCCAAGCGGAUGAGCCGAUGGAAGGUGUUGAGGCUGAGCAGUCGACAAGACGGUCAGUCACACCUAUCAAAAUCAGUGAUGAGUCGACAGGCGAGAAGGUGGCGUCCCCGGAGAUCGAGAUGGCACCGCCAACUGGAAAAACAGACGAACAUGAACUGGCGGACGAGAAGAUGGAAGUCGAUGAGAAGGCUGGUGAUGCUGUCGACGUCACCGCACCGAUGAAUACCGCGGAGACGGGUGAGACAGCAUCGUCUGGCGAGGGACAGCAGCAAGCGGAAGGUGACAAGACACUGCCUCCGAAAGGCGAUGUGACAGAUGGAGCUGAUGCGAUCGCGCAAGAGGGUCCUGCUCAGGUGGAAGAAGAGCCUCUGAAGCAGACCGAUCGAGAAGCGGAAGGUUCCUCGAAGAAGGAGGACCAGGCUGGCACCGGAUUGAUCCCUGACGAUGUCAAUGCCGCCGAGCAGGAGGCGGAGCCGGAGGCCAUGAAAGAAGAAGUGGUCGAGGAAGAGGAGGAAGAAAUCACCGACGAGGUCAUGCUCGCUGCGAGGAAGGCGCUCAAUCCUGGGUUUCUCGAAUGGGAAUGCGUCUGCGCAACGCGAUGGGACUGGGAGAAUUGGCCCGAGCAGUUUGCCGGAAGCAGACAUCCUGACGAAAAAGCCUUUUACGCUCAUCUCGUCGAAAACACCCGACCCGCAGUGCUGGUACAUCUUAGAGAAAAGGAAAUACAAAGGGCCAAGGAAGAAGCCGUCCGGAACCGCAAGCGAUCUUCUCGAAUCGCCAUGCGAGAGCUCGAGAAGGAAGAGGCUGCCAAGAUGGAAGAGGUUCGUCGCGAUCUGGAGAGGCGGAUGCAGAAAGUCCGGGACGAGGAAGCCAAGGAGGCAGCGGCCGAAGCCGACAGACUGGCGAAAGAACGAGAACGGGAGGAUCGCCUGAAAGACCGGGAGGAAAGGCUGAAACAGAGAGAAGAGGCCAUCGCACAGCGCGCGAUCGAGGAGAUUCGAGCCAAGGAGGAGGCCGAGCGCGCAAGGGAAAUCAGGGCACAAAAGAGACUCGCCGGUGAGAGUGCCGCUACGGAGUCGAGAUCAGGCACUCCAGAAGGCAAAGCGAGCAAAGGUAAAGGCAAAAAGACCGAACCGCAAGCGCUCGCUACGGAAGAGGCCGACAACGACGACGAGGAGGAAGAGGAGGACGAGGAGCCAUGGGAGCUUGCUUGUGAGAUCUGCAAGCAGCAUGGAUGGAACGUUGAUGACGGACGCAAUAUAUGUUGUUGUGAGAGUUGCGGUCGAUGGCAACAUACCGACUGCCACGACAAACAUGACGAAGACAAGGGAAACAAGCGGCGGAACUGGAACAGGGUCACCUUCUAUUGCGGUGACUGCCGCCGAAGAAAGGCGAGAGAGCGACAUUCCGCCAGGAAAGCUGCUCAGAAUUCUCCUGCUCAGGCCGGUCCGGAGCAGGCCUCACCAACGCUCCGUUUCAGUAUACCCCAACAAUUUUCGCCUACCGCCAACCGGUCUCAACCGCGAUCAACACCACAAAACAACGGACAAGUCCCGUCUUUGGUACAUCCAUCACAAGCGCAAGCUAGCGGGUCUCGACCUCGCCUUUCGCCUCAGAAAAUGGCCGCGCAGCCAACUCUAGCCCCUGCGUCGCAGACUCGUCCUUCCGUCUCGCCAGUAGGACACAUGUCUAAUGGGCAUCAUCAUCCUCAAGCGGCCAACGGUCACGCAGGGCAAGCACCUGUGCAACGAUCUGGUCCACGACCCGAAGCACCACACUAUGGGCGCGAUCCGCGAGCCAAUGGUACCGCUCCUGCCCGACCUGCGGCAUAUCAACAUCAAGGCAGUCAAAAUCAAUCUCCAGUGAUCUAUCACGCUGGAUACCCGCCUCGACAAGGCAACGCAUAUGUUGCAUCACCGCAAGGCACAUCAAUGCGUUCACCACCUGCUCCCAAUGCGCCCCAGCUCUAUCUACAAUCAGGGCAACCGGUAUAUCGUCAGCAGAUCCAACCGGGGCAUGUGCAAGCUUCUCAAUCGGGAUAUCAGCAGAUCCCCUUGGCAAAUCAAGGCAAUUCGUCUACACCAGCACGGAAUCAUCCGUCUCAGUCGCCUAUCCAGCAUGCAAUCAGACCUGUACAAGCUGCGCCCACGCCUCAACAGAUGUAUGUUGCAUCGCCGCCAGGGGCGGUUCGCUAUGUACAAGGCCAGCCGUACUAUCCUGCUCAAGCGCCCAUGACUUCGGAUCUUCGUUAUAGUGGGCUGCCUAACGGGGGAGCAGCGGGACACUUCCAGCAACCGACAAGACCGCCUCCGAAUGGACAAGCAGUGCCCCCUCGACCGAUAUACAAUGGCUACGCACCCAGUCAGGUCGAUUCGCAACGCUAUAUGCAGCAGCAAGGGCAGCCGUACCUGGAUCCUCGCGCUUAACAGCAACAACAAUCGUUGCAUGCUCGACCACCUGCACCGCCUCAGCCGAGAUGAUCGCGAAACAUGUUUGCGUCUAGCUAUUCGACUUUGCUAUUCAUAACUUUAUGACUCGGAAUUUCGGGUUGUAAUCGAUGGAAACCUCGGUGAUAUAAAUCCGCAGAACGCUGCUCGCAGCCUUUGGUCUC